UCAAAACUAGUGGUAUGUUCCAGUACUGCUGUGGAUUUGCCGUGACGCGCGGAGCUUUGGCCGUGUUUAUGCGCAGGGAGACGGUGGGCACUGGAGAGAUCUGUGGGCUAAACAAAAGGACUCACAAACUGAAGAUAGACUACGAUAAAGCAGAAGCAUAAUGGAUGAAGAGGAGCAGUUUGUGAAUAUCGACCUGAAUGAUGACAAUAUAUGCAGUGUUUGCAAGCUAGACACAGACACUGGGACCUUGUCAUUUUGCCACAUCUGCUUUGAACUCAGCAUUGAAGGUGUUUCUUCCGCCACUCUUUUGCACUCCAAAUCCUUACGUGGCCACAGAGACUGCUUCGAGAAGUGUCACCUCAUCGCCAACCAGAAGCUGUCCCAUUCUAAGGUGUCCCGAAGUGCCUACGAGGGCAUGAAGCUAGCCCUCAGCCAGAAACUGAACCGAAUCAUCCAGUACGCCCAGAACAAAGACCCCAAUGUGCCCAACAGAAGAGGGGCCAAACUGUUUUGUUACAGUCACCAAGGCGACCGCAAGCUUCUGCCACAGACAGACGCUCAGGUGCCCCGCUACGCCCCCCACUGGGACACCAGGAAAACUACAGGACUGCCCGAUUACACCAUGGGCAUGUUGAAUACAGUGGAGGAGCUUGGGCUGUUGCAAGAGACGGAGACAGCGGUCUGGUCCAAUAAUGGCAGAAAAGGUCUUCAUAAUAAUGCAACAUGUGGAGGAGGAGGACAGCACAGACACCACGGCCACAACAGAGAUGAAUUGACUAAAAUGAGCAUGGAUGAGCUUCACCAGAUAAAUGGCCAACUCCUCAUACAGAUUCAGAAGGUCUUCGAGGAGCUGACGGAGGCUGUACAGGAGAAAGACUCACUGGCGUCAGAGUUGCAUGUGCGCCAUAUUGCUAUUGAGCAGCUGUUUAAGAACUGUGCCAAGCUGCCCUGGCUGCAGAUUAGCAGGGCUGGAGUGAAGGCCAGCAGUGCAGGUCCUGGAGAGUGAGGGGCACACACAGGACUGUGGAAAAGACACGUCUCAUCCACAGGGGGCACUAGCAGUGGUCAGAAAUGAGUUUGGAUUUCUAUUGAAACUGAGCAGUGGUUAGCUUUUGAAAGAUUAAGCCUGUGUUUGUGUGGCAAUGUGGAUGAUAAUGUAAGACUUUAUUGGCUGUUCACUAUUGCUGCAGCUGGUUGCCCCCAUGUGAGCAACAACACCUUUCAUAUUUUGUCGUUCAAAACUGUCAUCAGUCAGUUAACGAAUUAACAUUUACUGUUUAGAGCCCGAUAAUAUUAGACACAAAGAAAUAACGGUAGGUAGCUCUGCAGUUAUGGGCUGACACAUCAGUGACCUGAAAAUGUGUUGUGUUUUAAACUGACAUCAAUGUGUGAAACUGGAUACCGAUGAUUUCAAUAAUCAUAUGCAUUUCUCCCCAAUAAUACUACAGUAUAUGACUGAUUUUUAUAACUAGUCAGACCAACGGAGGUAGAUGCAAAUUCUGUGAAUGUUAUAGUUUGUGGUAAAAUACUGAAAGUAUUCUCUGAAACCACAUUGGUGCAUAAUGAUUAUAGUUUUUAGAGGUGAAAAUGCUUGAAAUGUUACACUUUUAUUUCUUCUCAGAUUGAAAAAAUAUUUGUAUUGGUUUGUGAGGUCUUAUUGCAAAACUGUUUUAAAAAGGCAAAGCUGUCUAGCCAAAGCAUUUUAUUUAAUAUUUGUAUUAUUUUUCAAAUGAAAAUGGUUUCCAAACAGAAAAUGUUCUAGUUAGUUUGUGACUCUUGAAGAUUUGGUAUUAUGUGAAAGAUAUUCUGAAGUGCAUUUGCUUUUUGGGUUAUUUAAAUGUCUUAAAGUUAGAUCAAAGUUGUUAAAGCAAUACAAAUGUGUUCUUAUCUGCGCCUCUGAUGUAAGAGGCUCAAGUUAUUUGUAGUUUUGACAGUUAUUUGUUAGAAACCCUAUGCAAGAAUGUGAUCAGUGUCCAGAAGCCUUAAGUAGAAUAUAUUCUCUGAAUUCAGAGCUACACAAGUGUAAUAAGCUGCGGAGACAAAGGUGUUGUAUAUAAUCACAUUUUAAGAUAAAGUUGGCUUUGUUCUCUCUUCUAGUCUCUUUAUAAGAGAUUCAUGUGUAUGACCCCUUUCGGGUCAAACAAUUGACUCCAUUUAAACAUGUUUUUUAAACUUUGUAUUUAGUUUGAGUGUUUGAAUUUUAAAAGUAUAGUUAAUUUUGUCAGUGUUCAAACCCUAUUCAUAAGUGUUAUGUAUACACGGCUCAACAGCAAAGCUUUACUUGCCUUUUGUUACUCUUCUCUACAAUAUUGUUUUAUUUUCUUUACAGGUGUUUUUACUUUUGCAAAGACUGCAUGUCUGUGUGGAAGUGCAAGAGUUGUAUUUAUUCUAUGCUGAUGGACAAGUUACAACCUGUGUGAAAUGUGCUCAAGUGACUUUGUUUUAUUUCAAUAAAAACUUAAGUUUAA